CAGGAGCCUACGCUGCUACUCACAAGGUGCCGAAUGGCAGGAGCCUACGCUGCUACUCACAGGGUGCCGAACGGCAGGAGCCUACGCUGCUACUCACAAGGUGAUGAACGGCAGGAGCCUACACUGCUACUCACAAGGUGCCGAAUGGCAGGGGCCUACGCUACUACUCACAAGGUUCCGAAUGGCAGGAACCUACGCUGCUACUCACAAGGUGCCGAAUGGCAGGAGCCUACGCUGCUACUCACAAGGUGCCAAAUGGAAGGAGCCUACGCUGCUACUCACAAGGUGCCAAACGGCAGGAGCCUACGCUGCUCCUUAG